AUGAAAAUCCUCUGUCUUCAUGGCCAUACCCAAACAGGGCCUAUUCUCUCGCGCAAAACCCUCCGUCUCCAGGAGCAUAUCAGAAGAGCUUUUCCGGGCACAUCUUUCUACUUUCCAACUGGCCCGAUCGCAUACAAGGUUUCUGACAGGCUAGACUAUUCUCAACUCACCGAAAAAGAAAAACCGGACAACUUCAAGGAUCCGGACGCUAUCGAAACACACUCCUGGUUCCGACUACACGAAGAUGAUCCGCCUCGAGGGUUUUUCGAGAGUAUGGACCGUAUAGCGGACAUCCUCCAAACCGAAGGCCCUUUUGAUGGCAUGAUAUGCUUUUCUCAAGGAUCGAUAAUAGGCGGCAUGUGUGCCUCUCUUCUGGAGGGCCCCAAGCGACGGCGAAGAUUCGAAGAAUACUCCGCUGUAUACCCCGACGCCAUUCGAUAUCCAGAGGCCUACAAGAAUCUCGACCAUCCACCCUUGAAGUUUGUCAUUACGUAUGGCGCCUAUAUGGGCUGCAGUCCGAUCUUCUCGGCCUUCUACACCGACCCUAUAAUCACAACCCCAUUCAUGCAUUUCAUGGGCGAGUUUGAUCCGGUCGUUCCGUCUGAAAUGGUCGCUGCCGUGGACCUCGCGCAGAUCGGGGGUCCUCAAAGGCGGAAGAUGAUGCACCCCGGUGCUCACGCGAUUCCGUGCGGGAACGAGUACCACGAAGCAGCCGUGGACUUCAUCAAAUCUGCCCUGGACAAUUCCUACUUCGGUCCGCUGAAUGAUCUUCCGAUGGGCAGGGUUCCGCCUCUCGAAUACCAUGACACGCCGGAGCAGACGCCUUUGACGACGCCGAAAUUGUCGUCUAUAGAUGUUGCAGCAUCGUUGCCCAUCUCCGAGGGAGGUGGACUGGUGCCUGAAAAGCUAGACCGGUACAGGAAGUCUAGAAGCCCACGCAAGGUUACUUCCAGUCGUCGCAGUCGCGCUUCGGUUUCUAGUGGGGCCUCGUUGUCGGGGCGCAGAUCGAUCAGUAGCGCUACGUCCAGUACUGGGUCCCGGUUCUCUCGGACAAGAGCCACCUCGGAGACUGAGUCUCCUGUGUUUACGACAGAUCAAGAUAACAAGACCGCUACUGCCACUAUGGAAAAUAAACUGAUUGCCGCUGGAUACGAUGUUGGUGGUAUGCGUGAAUUGCUGUUGUCAGAAUUCCUGGAUGAGAUGGUUAGACGGCACGGUCGCUCUGGAAAGCUUUACUUUGUUCCUGACGAGGAGGAGAUGGAUGCCUUGGCUUAG